UGCUGGCCUAGGCCCGGCUUCCCGCUCUUCUUCGCUCGGGGAGGAAGGGACUGGGGAGCGGGACGAGGCUGGGGACGCGGCGGUCCCGGAGCGCAGGGCGAGGCUGGAGGUGUGAGGCGAAGUCCGGGCUGCGUUCCCGCGGGUUGAGGUGAGGUGGGCGUGCGGACGGUCGCUUCCCGCUGUGGAAGGCGGCGGCGAUCGCGCGUCCUCGCCCUCUUGCUCGGCUGACUGCAGAGGCACCUAACCGUGGCGCUUUCUCAGCGCCAGGGCUGAAGGUGGGCUUCGGCCUCUCUAACCUGCUGGACCCACGUUCUGCACUCGGCUGCGCCGGCUGCGGUCUCAGUCUUGGAAGAUGCUUCUCAGCGGAGCCUGAGGCAGAAAACCUGGAGUAGAAAAGGCACAGCACCUGCAAUGACCAGCUCCUUUCAUUAGGGAAGAUGGCAUUUUUAGAAAAUAUGGGCGUUUUUUUUUUCCCCAUAUCUCGAUGCUGUUCCUUUCCUGAUGCUUCAUUAUUAACUUCUUACCUCUACAACAAGUAGGCUUUAGCUGUUAGUGGCAGUACUCAUCGUGUCGCGUAGUUACUGUUUUAUUAGUGCUAGAUACGUUCUGAUGUGAUUUCAUUCGAUCACAACUGUCCUAUGAGGUAGGUAAAGCAGACACAUUUCUAUUUUACAGAGAACUAGGUCCAGAGAAGUUAAUAAUUUACCCACAGUCACUCGGUGUGGAAGUGACAGAGUUGGGAUUCAAACUCAGUUCUUCUCAGUGAAUAUUUUUCAGCACUUACUCUAUGCCAGGUCCUGUACUAGGUAUAUAUUGUGUGUGGCAUAGUAUGCCAUCACCUCUGAUCUUUGUUUCCUUUGUGAUCUUGUGUGUAUCAGGCACGUUUCACUGGUGAACAGCUAAACUUGAAAUCUGUUUUCUAUUAGCUGAGAAUCAUCUUCUGAUACAGAUCUGACAUUUUGUACUUGGAUUGAGUCUUGCAAAUUCAUCUGUAACAACUCAAAAAAACACAUCAGAUUUCCUGUGAUUGAUUCCAAGGAGGUACAUGGGUAGAAAACAGUAUUUUCUUGCCAUAGCUUUGCACAAAGCUUUACUAUGUCUUGGCUGUCUUCUCUUUUAAUCCUUGGAGUCUAGCACAGUAUAUGGCACAUAAUGGGCAAAAGGACAUUUAACCACUAUAGCAUCCACAGAGUGGUUGCUAGAUAAAUAUAUGUUGAAUGUAUGCUUAUUGAAUUACCUCUUUUCAUCCUUACAGCAAUCCUGUGAGGUGGGGAUUGUCUCAAGUUCACAAGUAAAUUGAAGUGCAGGGAGCUUAAAUAACCUGCCUAGGGUUACCCAACUAACAAGCAACAGAGCUAAAAUCCAAGAAACACAGGUCUCCUGACUUUACCACCAGGCUUCUUGUGAAAAGAAUGACAAGAAGAAUCUUUCCCCAUAUAUCUUAAAAAAAAAUCAAAACAGGUAUUUCAAUUUUUAUGUAAAUGAAGUAAUUUGCUGUUAUGUAUUAGAGCAGAUAUUAUUUCCCUUUUAGGUUAAGGCUUACUCAAGGUCACAGAGCUAGUGGAGGAAUCCAGGUCUUCUAACACUGUUAUUUUCCAUUGCUGCUUCCAAGUGAUGAUUUCAGAUCACAAAUAAGCUCUGUGUAUUAUAAUAGAAAAAAAAUUUUUUUCCUGAGGAACACGCACAGAUAGGAUUCAAACAAAAUCAACAUUAAAAAAUUAAUAAUUUUUUUUUAAGCCCAUGGAAAAGAGGAGCUAAGUUUGAAAAGAGAGUCUUUGCUGAAUAUUUCACACAAGGAUAUGAGACAGCCCACCUGUUGGAUUUCCUUAGAUGACUGCUCAGAAUAGAUAUCCACCCCACAAAUGAACAAAUAGGUAUUUUCUCCAAUAUAAGGUAAAAGGAAUUAAAUCUGUUGAGCUGGGGUAGUAGAUUUUAACAGUAGAUAUCUAAACUCUUUCUCAGCUACUUAAACUUGUAUUGAAAAGAAGCGAUUUAAAAGUGGUUAUAAAAUAAAAAAAGGUCUGCUUUUUUGUAGGGUGAAGUUGUUGUACAUGGUGGGGUUUUUUUUUUUUUUUUUUUAUGCCUUUGAGAUAGAUACCAGCUAUAUGAGGAGUCCCUGGGUGGUGCAAAUGGUUAAGUACUCCAUUACUAACUGAAAGGUGGGCAGUUCAUAUCCAUUCAGACACCUUGGAAGAAAGGCCUGGUAAUCUGCUUCCCAGAGAUCAUAGCCAUUGAGAGCCCUGUUGGGCAUAGUUCUACUCUAAAACACUUGGGGGUUGCUGUAAGUUGGAAUUGAUGUGGCAACUGCUUUUUUUUUUUUUUAAUUAAUUUUUAUUAAGCUUCAAGUGAACAUUUACCAUUCCAAUCAGUCUGUGACAUGUAGGUUUACAUACAUCAUACUCCCUUCUCCCACUUCCUCUCCCCCUAUUGAAUCAGCCCUUUCAGUCUCUCCUUUCGUGCCAAUUUUGCCAUCUUCCCUCUCUCUCUAUCUUCCCAUCCCCCCUCCAGUCAAGAGUUGCCAACACACUCUCCAGUGUCCACCUAAUUUAAUUGGCUCACUCUUCAUCAGCAUCUCUCUCCCCGCCGCUGACCAGUCCUUUUCAUGCCUGAUGAGUUGUCUUCGGGGAUGGUUCCUGUCCUGUGCCAUCAGAAGUUCUGGGGAGCAUUGUCUCUGGGAUUCCUCUAGUCGCAUUCAUAUCAUUAGGUAUUGUCUUUUUAUGAGAAUUUGGGGUCUGUAUCCCAUUGGCCUCCUGCUCCCUCAGGAGUUGUCUGUUGUGCUCCCUAGCAGGGCAGACAUCGAUUGUGGCCUGGCACCAACUAGUUCUUCUGGUCUCAGGAUAAGGUAGGUCUCUGGUUCAUGUGGCCCUUUCUGUCUCUUGGGUUCUUAGUUGUCGUGUGACCUUGGUGUUCUUCCUUUGCCUUUGCUCCAGGUGGGUUGAGACCAAUUGAUGUAUCUUAGAUGGCCGCUUGUUGGCAUUUAGGACCCCAGGCGGGUGGCAACUGCUUUUGUUUUUAGUAUGAGGAUACAGGUGCAGAAAAAAAUUUAGGGUUGAAUUGUUUAAAUUCUGGGUACCAGAGUGAUAGGAAAUAAAAGUACUAGGUGAUAUAAUGGAUACUGAGCACCACUUUAGCAAUAGAGCUCAUUUCUAGGAAUGACUUGGCACCUUCUAUUUUUAUUUCACGUUGUUUUUCCCUUUCACAUAGGUUACAGUCGUGUCAGUUUGGCUUCAUCCAUACUUCAAAAAUGGGUCCUAUUUCUGCAGAAACUCAUCGGUGUCAGUCCAGACUGAUGUGGGGGCUUUAAGUAUCUGGCAUGUUGGGGGAAACUUGAGUUGUUUCUGACAACUUUGUCUUUGCUCUUGGCUUGGAUUAUUUUCUGUCUUUGGUGGCACUGGAUACCCUGAACUCAGCUAGUCCUGCCUAGAAGGAGCUAUGUGUUAGAAGGUCCCAAAACACCUGGUCUUUCAUGUUGUUCUUGGGCUGAAAUGGGAUUUAAGAAGGACUAUAGUGUCUUAACAGCAAUGGGAUGUAACCCCACCCUGCAGAGUUCACUGGAACCAGUUUUAUAGUGAGCUGUCUGUGUUUUUGAUUUGCCUUCUGUUCCUCAUUGGUCAGGUUUACUGGCAGGGAAAUACGGCAAGGAGUAUGCUGGCUCUAGAUUUGUAGAACUGACAUUUCUGGCCCAUAAUAUAUGGAAUUCAAGUUAUUUGGGAAGCUUUUCCAGUGUAGAGUUUAAAAUUAGGAAUCACUAAGAAGUUUAGGUGCAUGAUACAUAUAAUGUAGCGCUUUACAGAAUAUUUGAAAAAUUCAUUGUUUUCAGAUCCUUUCUGCUUCCAUUGCAACUUUCUACUUCUGUAUGUUUUGUCUUCCUUUAUUUUAAUCUACUACUGACCUGAAAGAAUAUUACAGUUUAGGAAAAUGGAAUGUCUUAUGAACAGGUUAGUACUUUUCUUCUUACAGUAAAAUAUGAGUGUUUGAAUUUUUUUUUAAAAAAACUAACGUGGAAUCUGCCUAUUGCUGUUGAUGCCAUGGAUAUUAAAGUGCCUUGGUCCUUUUCCUGUCAUUGUUUAAUAAAUAUACACCAAAAAAUGUAUCAAUUGCAUAUAUCUUCACAAUCCCAGGGGGAUUUACAAAACAAAGUAAUUCUUUACUCAGAACUCUCUACUUAUGCUAUAGAAUCCCCCAGAAGGGGCUUGCAUAUCUAAAUACAUCCAAAGAGUUGGCUUCAUAUUUGGAAUACGUAACAGUAUUUUAGAAUUUCGACAAUUAGGUAAGGGAUAAACUGACGUUUACCCUUUAAGAAAAUGCUAGUCAGGACACUUUAACAUAUGUACAUACUUUGUGCCUGGCUCCUUUACUACAUAUACUUGAUUUUAAUAAUUGAACUAAUGUAGAUAAGUAUAAGUAGCCCUGGUGGCACAGUGGUUAAGUGCUCGGCUGCUAAUUGAAAGGCUGGUGGUUCGAACCCACCAGCCUCUCUGCAGGAGGAAGAUGUGGCAAUCUGCUUCUGUAAAUAUUACGGCUUUGUAAUCUCUGUCCUAUAGGGUGGCUGAGUCAGAAUCCUUGUGGCAACUGCUAGAUAAUGUGUAUAAUGAAGACAGCAUUUCAGAAGCCAAUUUGCCGUUUACUAUUUGUUCAGUGAUUAAAGAACAAAAUACUAAGAGGCAUGAGUUUUAAGUGAGUGGAAGUAUAUAAACCUCAUUUAGACAAACUUGUAAGAACUCAUUUGCAUAUAAACAAAUGUUUAUUCAGGUCUAAGAAAAGACUGCCAACAUCUUUCUCCCAUGGAGAGGCUGGUGGGUUUGAACUGCUGGCCUUUCAGUUAGCAGCUGAACUCUGUGCCACCAGGGCUCCUCAUUUGCUUAUAAACAAACGUUUAUUCAGGUCUAAGUCCUAAGGACCCCCCACCCCCACCCCACCCCAUUGUGGAGGGAGAAAGGUUAAGAAGGUAAUUGCUACCUGGUAUUGAAAAUUCUGAGGGUGUCAGCCCAGACAUUCUGCUCGAAGAAUAUGAAGCACAAUUGAUUUCUCCCAGUAUGUUGAACAGUCUUUAAAGUGGCGCCCAUAAUCCCUGUCUUGUUCACACUUUUCCGUAAUCCUCUCCUCUUGAGUGUGAGCAGACCCAUGACUUGUUUCCUAAUAGAAUAUGGUUGUCACUCCCAUGGUUAUAUUAAAUUAUAUAAGAUUUCUUCGUGCUAGCACACUCACUCUUGUUUUCCUGCUGGCCUUCAAGAAGUAAGCUGUAAACUGCCUAUGAAGAGAGCCAAGUGGCACGGAACUGUGGGCAGCCUUGAGGAGCUGAGGCUGGCCUCUAGCUGACAGACAACAAUGAAAUGAAUCCUGCCAAUAACCUGAGUGAGUUUGGAAGUGGGUUCUUCUCCAUUUAAGCCCCCAGAUGAGAGUGAAGUCCAGGUGACCCCAUGAUUGUAGCCAGGUGAGACCCUGGAGUAGAAAACUCAGCUAGCAUAGACUCCUGACCUACAGAAAUUGUGAGAUAAUAAAUGUGUGUUGUUUUAAGCCACAAAGUUUCUGGUAAUUUGUUACAUGGCAGUUGUCAUGAAUUGAAUUAUGUCCCCCCCAAAAUGUGUGUAUCAAUUUGGCUGGGCCAUGAUUUCCAGUAUUGUAUGGUUGCCCUCCAUUUUGUGAUUGUAAUUUUAUGUUAAAGAGGGACUAGGGUCGGAUUAUAACACCCUUACUGAGGUCACUCCCUAAUUCAAUGUAUGUAAAGGGAGUUUCCCUGGGGUGUGGCCUGCACCACUGUUUAUAUCACAAGAGACAAAAGGAAAGGGAAGCAAGCAGAGAGUUGAGGGACCUCAUACCACCAAGAAAGCAGCACCGGGAGCAGAGUGCAUCCUUUGGAUCUGGGGUCCCUGCACCUGAGAAGCUCCUCCACCAGGGGAAGAUUGAUAACAGAGAAUCUUCCUCCAGAGAGAAAGCUGUCCCCUGGAGCUGACACCCUGAAUUUAGACUUCAAACCUACUAGACUGUGAGAGAAUACAUUUCUCUUUGUUAAAUCCAUCCACUUGUGGUAUUUCUGUUAUAGCAGCACUAGAUAACUAAGACAGCAACAGAUAACUAAUAUACCCAGCUUCUACUGUUCUUCUUCAGGGAUUCUUGGAAAACUAUUCUUAAUGUUAAGAAAAAGGGAGGUGGGAUGGAGAAAAACGAACUAGAUUCAAGAGAUUUGUUCUUCAAAUUCUUAAAGGCUUUAGCAAACCCUUUAAAUAUUUAAGUUAUGCAGUGGCCUCUUUUGAGGAGAAUAAUACUAGCUUUGAGUUUUGCUCUAAGGUCAAUAGAAUAAUGAACAACAGGUAGUCCCCAGAUUAUGAUGUAUUUGAAUUUUGAUGAAGACACACUUAAGACCGUCCUUUUUUUUCCCAUGAUUUGUGUAUUUUUUUUUUUAAUGUAUGUAUUAAAAUUUUUUUUGUUAAAAUAGGGCCCUGGUGGUGCAGUGGUUAAGCGCUUGGCUGUUAACCACAAGGUUGGUGGUUCACACCCACCUGCUGCUCCACAGGAGAAACAUGUGAUAGUCUGUUCUGAAAAGAUUUACAGCCUUGGAAACCCUACGAGGUAGUUCUUCUCUGUCUUGUAGGGUCACUAUCAGUUGGAAUAGACUUGACGGCAACGGAUUUGGUUUUUGGUUUUAUGUAUUAAAAUAUAAGUUUAUAUGUAACGUUUCUAGCCCCCAAACACAAAGAUUGGAUUUAUAAAGAUAGUGAUAAUAAAAGGCAAUAAUAAUGAAAAUUAAAAAAAAAAAAAAUUCAGCUUAUUUCAGACUGACUGAUGACAGAGCCAUCGGGAUGGAACCCCACCAUAAGUCAUCCCAUCAUAAGUUGGGGACUACCUGCACUUCUGCUUACCAAGAAUGUUGUCAAGAGAAAAAGAAAGCAUCAGUUUUUUUUUUUCUCUAAAAAUUUUAUAAGGACUAUCAAAUAAACCCUAAAUUCUAAAUUUUAAGAAGGCAAACAAAAGCAUGGCUAGUUAAAUAACUAGUGUUUAUUUUAGAUAGAAUACUAGUUUUAAAUCUAUCCGGUGUCAUAUUGAAGUCCCUUAAAGUCAAUAUCCACGUUAUAUUUAUACCCAUUUUGUAGGAUUUGGGAGCCUUGAUGGUGCAAUGGUUAAGCAAUCGGCUGCUAACCGAAAGGUCGGUGGUUUGAAUCCACCAGCCACUCCAUGGGAGAAAGAUGUGGCAGUCUGCUUCCAUAAAGAUUACAGCCUUAGAAAUCCUAUGGUCCAGUUCUACCCUGUUCUAUAGGGUCGCUGUGAGUCAGAACCGACUCGACGGCAAAGGUUGUUUUGUUUUUGUGCCUGUAGGAUUUGGAUAACUUAUAAUGUUAAUAAGUAUAGUGUUUUACAGUAGUAUGUUUGCAUGUGUGACAUACCUGUGAUUUAUUUGAUUUUCUAGUUCAGUGGUUGGUAAACUGUGGCCAUGGACCAAACUGCCUGUUUUUGUAUGGCCUGUGAGCUAAGAAUAGUUUUUCAUUUGUACUUUAUUUGAUGAUAGGGGACAAUAACUUUUAACCCCAAUUAAGCAAAAUGUUAUUCAAGAAAAAGAAUUCCAUUCUUCUCAUUAAUAGAUCUGUAUUACCAAAAAAUUAUACUGAAUUAUUAUAUUUUGAAUUUUCUCCAUAAAAUUUUUCUAGAAAUUAGCUUUCUCUCUUGUUACCUAAGUACCUAUAUAAUAUCCUCUAUUUGCCUGCUUGCCCUUAAAGCCUAUAAUAUUUACUAUCUGAUCCUAUAUAGAAAAAAUUUACAGGAUUUCUCCGCUAGUCUAUCUAUAACAUUGUUCUUUUGAGACACUGGAAACAUUACAACAGAAGCUAAAAUUUUAUGCUGAUAUCAUCUGCCUAAUAUUUUUCCAUGAGGCAGUUCUACUAGGUAUUAUUUGUGUAGUUCCUGCCAGUAAUUAGAUAUGUUUGGUACAAAUUGUUAAAAAAAAAAAAAAUUUUUUUUUCAUUUUCAGGGUAAUAAUCUUUCCCAACUAGGAUGUCUUCAUAAAACAUUAUUCAAAUAUAACCAGAAAUCUGUCUUAAAGGAAGAAUUAUGAAAAUGUUUAUGGUAGUAUGGAUUGAGAAGCCUAAUCUUGUAAGGGUGGUAAUGUCUGAAAUUUUUCACUUAAUGACUUGCGAUCUUAGCUUGGAAGAAAUCUGGGGAGCAGCGUGGCAUGGUGGAGAGGUUUAUAUUUCACCACAGAGGCUUAAGUCUCCUGAAUAUUUCAUACAUUCAUUCCUGGAAAGUAAUCCUAAUACAAAAGUUGUAGGAUAUAAGAAAAAUCUCGAUUAAAUUGCUAUUAUAUGUAUUAGUAAUAACCAUCUAAAGAGAAAAUAUAAAGAAAAGAAGGAAUUCUGUUCAUAGGUAGCACAAAUACUUGAGAAUUUAUUGUAGCAUAACGUGUAAUAUACUGAAAGAAUAGAAUAAAACAUUAAUGGAGAAAAUAAAGAACACCUUCAGUAAAUGAAUAAAUAGGUGUAUCCUAUUGAUGAGAAGAAUACAAAAAUAUAAUAAUAAUCACAGUGCUACCCAAGUGAAUUCAUGGGUCUAACAUACUAUCAGUUAAAUUGCAAAUGGAAUGUUUUAUAAGCCAUGAUAAACAUAAAUGGAAUGUAUAUGAAAAAUUCAUCACCAAAAAAAUCGUAUCAGAAAGGAAUUGAUCUUAUUAGACUUUUAAACACUAAAGCAACAGUUGGAAGAGCUCUUUGAAAUGGGAUUUAAAAAUGGCAUUUAGGCUUUAGAACUAGAUCUAAAUUUAUAAAAUAUUUUUAGAUUUAAAAAAAUAGAAAUUAGGAAAUAGUGGAAAGCAAAUAAUGAUAGUAAAGAUAAGAAAAUAUUGUAUUUCAUAGUGACCACCAAGGAGAAAUUUAACAUUAAAAAAAAAAAAAAAAACAACGAAUUGUACACUUACUGCGGUGUGUUGGGGAGUUCUAUUGUAAGUAAUAAGGUAGAUUGGUUUGGUUGCAUAAACAGAAGAAAACAUGUAGAAUACACCUGAAACUAAUACAAAAUUAAUGUAAUGGUAAAAGAUUUUCGCUGUAAAUCUAAUGGCUUAAAAUUCUAAGUUUAUGAAGAAUUGCUAUGAAUCUAUAAAGUCAGUAACCAGUCUCCACUGCAUAAAUGUUGAUAGUUCCCCCUGUACAUGCUUUCAGAAUUUUCAUAUCUCCCUUCUUUGUGUUCAUGUUAUCUUCUAUUUGCCUGAUUAAUCUCUAUUCUUCCUUGAAGACUCAGUUUAAACUUCGAUUUUAAGGCCUUUCUUGCUCUUUCCUUGCGCCUUUAACUGUAACUGUCACAUUGUCUAAAAGGCUGUGGUUCACUCUGUGAAUAUUUAUCAUGUUAUACACUUAGGAUUUGUACACUGUUGAGGCAUAGUUCAAUUUUUAAAAAAAUAAACAGCAGCAGCCAACAACAGCAAUAACAAGGCUGUGGGGAACUCCUAAACCUUGGGAAUUUUUCCAAGCCUCACCUUCCUACAGUUUUCUUUAAGCCUCUCCAAAUGUUCAGCUGAUGUAGCUGUUUAAAAUCCUGGCUCUUUGCUGGCUGUUCAGAUCUGGAUGUUCACACCUCGUGGGGUAAUACUGUGGUACUCACACUUCGACGCCACAAGGCAACAGCUGAAGAUUGUUAAGCAAAUAGUGUGGUAAUACGUUAGAAUAUCACAUAGUUGUAAAAUAUGUGAACAUGUGUAAUAGAAGAAAACUUGUAAAUAGUAUAUAAUUUCAUGACAAAUCCGUAAAAGUUGUUCAGCGGGAGAGAGUCAUGUAAGAGGUUAAUGUAUUAAGGUGAAAGUUUUCUUAGUUUUUGUUUUUGUUUUCCCCCCCAUAAGAUUAAAUUAAAAAAAAGAGUUGCUAGGUUUAAGUAGUAACUUAUAAACACUUUCACUGCUGCCACAAAAAAUCAAGAACAGGGCUUCCCCUCUAUGAUUAGGAAUGUAAAGCAACUGAGUAGAAAAAUCAUAGAAAUUUUUAAAGAUUAUUUACAUUUCUUCUUUAUUAAUAUUAAAUUUUGACUAUGCUUAUAAUUAAAAAUUGCCUAUACUUUUGUAAGGUGGUUAAAAUGAGCCACAAAAUUUUUACCAUCAUUUGUAAAUACAAGAUACUUGGGAACUUUUUCAUUCUAAUUUCUGGAUUAACUUUGAAAGUACCUUGGGUUUUGAAACCUACUAAAAUUGCUAGAGUGUCUUAGGAGAAUUUUCUAAUUUUUUUUUAGAGUAGGUGGCAGAAAAAUAAGUACAGAUUUUUCAGAUUGUUUUUUUCUUAUGCCUUCUUAAUGGCAUUGAUUUUCCUCCUAUAAACUAUAACACAGAAAUAAAGUCUGCAGAAUUCAUUGUGUAUGAUUGAAAUUUGAUAGAUUGGUUCAUACAUUCAACAAUAUUGGAAUAUUAAUAUUGCUACAAGGAGUCCUGGUGGUGCAUUGGUCGGCGAUUUGAACCCACCAGUAGCUCUGUGGGAGAAGACCUGGUGGUGAUCUGUUCUCAUAAAAGAUUACAGCCUAGGAAACCCUAUGGGGCAGCUCUGCUCUGCCAUGUAGGGUUGCUAUGAGACAGAAUGAACUGAAUGGCACACAACAACAACAACAACAUUUCUACAGACCCCUUUCCAUUGAAUUGAUUCCAACUCAUAGCAACCCUAUAGGACAGAGUAGAACUGCCCUAUAGGGUUUCCAAGGAGUGGCUAGUGGAUUUGAACUGCCAACCUUUUGUUUAGCAGCCAAGUUCUUAACCACUGCACCACCAGGGCUCCAGUAUCACUACCAAACCAAAACCAAACCCACUGCCAUCGAGUCGAUUCUGACUCAUAGCGACCCUGUAGGACAGAGUAGAACUGCCCGAUAGAGUUUCCAAGGAUCACCUGGCAGAUUUGAACUGCCGGCCUCUUGGUUAGCAGCUGUAGCACUUAACCACUAUGCCACCAGGGUUUCCGGUAUUGCUACAGUACUAUGCUAAUAAUAUCUUGAUACAGUAAUGAUGACAGAGCUGUGUGUGGAGUUGUUAUGUAAUUUGUUCACAUUUAAAGAUAUUUUAAAACUAGUCUUAAAAUCUGUAAGGGAAAUCCUUUGGGGGCUUGGUUUUUUUUUUUUUAAUUAAUAGACUUUUUUUUUUUUGUAGAGCAGUUUUGGUUUACAGAAAACGUGAGCAGCUAGUACAGAGUUCCCAUAUGUCCCCUCUCGCCCAUGCACAGCUUCCCUUUUAUUAACAUUUUGUAUUAGUGUGCUAUAUGUUACAAGUUGAUGGAUCAAUGUUGAUACAUUAUUAUUAAAUAAAGCCCAUAGUUUACCUUAGGACUGACUCUUUUUGUUGUACAAUACUGAGGAUUUUGACAAAUGUAUAAUGUCACAUAUCCACCAUUACAGCAUUCUAGAGAAAUGGUUUCACUGCCCGAAUGUCCCUGUUCUUUGCCCAUUUAUCCAUCUCCCCUUCCUCCAAGCCCCUGGCAACCACUGAUGUUUUUAUUGUCUCUGUAUUUCUGCCUUUUCCAGAUGUCAUAUAGUUGGAAUUAUGCAGUAUAUAGCCUUUUCAGACUAGCAUCUUUCACUUUGUAAUUUGUAUUUAGUGUUCUUUUCAUGUCUUAAUAGUGCAUUUCUCUUUAUCACUGAAUAAUGUGUGAUAAAAAUAAUAUAUGAUAAAAACAAUAUUACUACCCAACCCAGUGCCAUCAAGUGUGAUAUGAUAAUAAUAUCUUCAUACAAGAAUUGUACUAUUGUAUGGCUUUACCACAGUUUAUCUAUUCACCUAUUGAAAGAGUAUCUUGAUUGCUUCCAGUUUGGGGCAAUUAUGAAUAGAGCUGCUAUAAACAUUUGUGUUCAGGUUUUUCUGUGGACAUCAGGUUUCAACUCAUUUGGGUAAAAAACUAGGAGCGUGAUUACUGAAUCUUAUAAUUAAGACUGUUUAGCUUGGUAAAAAACUGUCAAACUGUCUUCCAAAGUGGCUGUACCAUUUUGCAUUCUCACCAGCCAUGAAUGAGAGUUUCCGUUGCUCUGCAUCCUCGCCAGCAUUGGGCGUUGUCAGUUUUUUUUUUAAUUUUAGCGAGUCUCAUAGAUGUGUAGUAGUAUCUCAUUGUUGUUUUCGUUUGCAAUUCCCUAAUGACAUAUGAGAGAGUCCCUGGGUGACACAAACGAUUAAUUGCUCUGUUGCUAACCAAAAGGUUGUCAGUUUGAGUUUACCCAGAGGCAUCUCAGAAGAAAGGUCAGGUGACAGGCUGGAAAUUGCUGCAGGCUUAUGUCCUAAAAUCCGUACCUUUAGGUGAUGGGAAGAGUAAAGACUGAGGAAGUUCUAGCAAAAUGUCUACAGUCUAGAGGCAGACCAUACCCUAGAGAAAUGCCCUUUUUGCUCUUAAGGCCAAAACAAGACCAGAUUGAUUGGUGAAGGCCCACCCGCAUCAUGAAAGGUAAUCUGCUUUCCUUAAAGCCCCUGAUUUAGUCACAUGUAACUACUUCAUGGAAACCCUGGUGGCGUAGCAAUUAAGAGCUGUGGUUGCUAACCAAAAGGUUGGCAGUUCGAGUCCACCAGGUGCACCUGGGAAACUCUCUGGGGCAGUUCUGCUCUGUCCUAUAGAGUCACUAUGAGUCAAAAUCAACUAGAUUGCAGCAGGUUUGGUUUUUUGGUUUAACUGUUUCCUAACAGAGUAUUGACUAGUGUUUGACCAAAUUACUGGGCACCAUAUCCUAGCCAAGUUGACACACAAAUUUAACCAUCACAAGUAGAGUUCAGGAGGCAUCUAAUAUUGAGGAGAUUUUAAAGACUUGGCUGCUCCUUCUUGUUAAGUAGGUCUUGGCUUAAAUGUUACCUCUCUGGUAAACGAAGUGUUCUUUGACAACCAAAGGAACCCUCUAGUCAUCAUCACAUUGUCUCCUUAUACUUUCAUCAUCAAAACAAAAAAUUUCAUCAUAGUGCUUGUCAUUAUCUACUCCUGCUUAUUUUGUUUGUUUGUUUUUAAUAAUUUCUUUUGCUCUGCUAAAAUAUAUGAUCCAUGAGACCAAGAAUGUGCCUUGAUCAUUUUUGUAGCUCAGGGCCUAAAAUAAUGCUUGGCAUGUGGUUGUCGUUGCUGUGUGCUGUCGAGUUGAUUUUGACUCAUAGGGAACCUAUAGGACGGAGUAGGACUGCUCCAUAGAGUUUCCUAGGUUGAAAUCUUUACAGGAGCAGGUUGUCAGAUCUUUUCUCCUGUGGAGCCACUGAUGGGUUCAAACCAUCAACCUUUUGGUUAGCUGCCAAGUGCUUAACCAUUUAAAAAAAAAAAAAAAAACCAUUAAGCACUCAAUAAAUAUUGGUUGAAUGAAUGAAUAAAAUAAUGCACAUUCUUAAAUGUUCAGAAACUUGACUUUUAUUAGGCCAUCUAGAGAUGGUUGAGCUAUGAUGAACUGAUUGAUGAUAAUUCAUAGGUUUCUAGUAAUUAGCAUAUGAGUACACGGGUAGUGUUAGAGGUGAAUAGUAUAAUAAACAAAGUUGGAUAUGCAAUACAAUUUUUUCUAGCAUUCUUAUGCCAAAACCAAAAUUAUAUCGAGAGUAAUUGAAUUACCUCACACCAUAUACAAAAUUGGAAACUCUAGGGGCAUAGUGGUUAGGAGCUGCGGCUGCUAACCAAAAUGUCGGCAGUUCAAAGCCACCAGGCACUCCUUGGAAACCCUAUGAGGCAGUUCUGCUCUGUCCUAUAGGGUCGCUGUGAGUCAGAAUUGACUCAGUGACAAUGGGUUUGGUUUUUUUGUUUUAUAUACAAAAUGAACUCAAAAUGAUUAACAACCAAAAUGUGAGAACUAAAACCAUAAGUUUCUUAGAACAAAACAUAGAGGUAAUGCUCUGGGACCUAGUUUCCAGCAAGGGAUUUAUAGAUAUGACACCAAAAGCAUGAGAAACAAAAGAGAAAAUGUAUAUAUUUUACUUUUUCAAAAUAAAAAACUUUUGUGCAUCAAGGGACUUUAUCAACAAAAUAAAGAGACAACCUAUAGAAGGGGAGAAGAUAUGUGGAAACCAUGUAUCUAAUAAGAGUUUACUACAUACCUUGGAUAUAUUGCUGGUUGCAUUCCAGACCACCACAAUAAAGCAAAUAUUGAGAUAAGGGAGUCACAUGAAUUUUUUUGUUUCUCAAUGUAUAUGAAAUUUAUGUUUACACUAUACUGUAGUCUAUUAAGAGUGCAAUAGCAUGAAGUCUAAAAAACAAUGUAUAUACCUUAAUUAAAAAAUACUUUAUUGCUAAAAAAUGCUAACCAUCAUCUGAGCCUUCUGUGAGUCAUUAUCUUUUUUGCUGGUAGAGGGUCUUGCUUCGAUGUUAAUGGCUGUUGACUGAUCAGGGUGGUGGUUGCUGAAGGUUAGUGUGAGGUGAGUGUGGCAAUUUCUUAAAAUAAGACAAGAAUGAAGUUUGUCACAUCGAUUGACAGAAGAUUUCUCUGUAGCAUGUGAUAUUAUUUGAUAAUAUUUUCCCCAUAGCAGAACUUCUUUCAAAAUCGGAGUCAGUCCUCUUAGACCCUGCCACUGCUUUAUCAACUAAGCUUAUGUAAUAUUCUAAAUCCUUUGUUGUCAUUUCAACAAUAUUCACAGCAUCUUCACCAGCAGUAGAUUCCACCUCAAGAAAUGACUUUCUUGGAUCAUCCAUAAGAAGCAACUCCUCAUCUGUUGAAAUUUUAUCCUGAGAUUGCAGCAAUUCAGUCACAUCUUCAGGCUCAACUUCUAAUCCUAGUUCUCGUGCUUUUUCCACCACAUCUGCAGUUACUUCCUCCACUGAAGUCGUGAACCCCUCAAAGUCAUCCAUGAGGAUUGGAAUCAACUUCUUCCAACUCCUGUGAAGGGAAGGACAACACUCAAUACAUGGAAGGUCAGCUCAACUGGACGGGACUGGACUGGACCAAAAGCAAAGAAGUUCCUGGGAUAAACGGAAUACUUCUAAAGAUGUUUGAUUACUACUGAUGGGUGUGAGCAAGUUAGAUGUUCUAUACCGGAGACUUCUCCUCACAAAACUUUUUAUCAGAGGAUGGGGAAGGCCAGAGGACCUCAAAAGAUUGAGGAACAGUCAGACUGUAAGAUCCUAGACGGACACUUUGUUUCUCCCAUGGCCCAUUAUGUGCCUGAUAUCAUGCCAGUUGAAUCUGUUACUGCAAGGUUCCAAUUUAUUGUGCCUAAAGAAUGGAAUAGCAAAUACAGACCUGUAUGUAUUCAUCUUGCUGGAACAGGAGAUCAUCAUUAUUGGAGGCGAAGAACACUAAUGGCUCGUCCUAUGAUUAAAGAAGCCCGGAUGGCUUCUUUGUUAUUAGAAAACCCUUAUUAUGGCUGCAGGAAACCCAAAGACCAAGUAAGAUCCAGCUUAAAAAACGUGUCUGACCUUUUUGUGAUGGGAGGAGCUCUUGUUUUAGAAUCUGCAGCUCUCCUGCACUGGCUGGAGAGGGAGGGUUAUGGACCUCUGGGAAUGACCGGAAUAUCCAUGGGAGGACAUAUGGCUUCCUUAGCAGUAUCCAACUGGCCUAAGCCCAUGCCAUUGAUUCCUUGUCUGUCUUGGUCCACAGCAUCUGGGGUCUUCACUACGGGUGUACUGAGUAAAUCAGUUAAUUGGAGGGAGCUGGAAAAGCAAUAUUAUACACAAACAGUUUAUGAAGAAGAAAUUAUUCACAUGCUUGAAUAUUGUGGAACGGAUUCUUUCAAAAUGGGACAAGAGUUUGUGAAACGUUUUCCUAGCAGUGAAGACAAGCUAACUAACCUUAAUCUGGUUUCUAGAACUUUAAAGUUAGAUUUGACAGACCAAGUUGUGUUCCGGAAAUCUGCUGAGUGCCAUGGUUCUAAUAAAACAUCUCUCAGUGCCCCAUCGGAAGGACUUUUGUUGCAAGAUACCUCUAAGAUGGAGUGCUUCAAUCAGCCACUUCCAACCAGCAAAAGUAGUUACAGGGGUUCCAGUAGUCAGUCAUACGAUCUACUCGGUAAAGAACAAAGAAGAAAUAAUCUCCAGAAAGAAUCUUUGAAAUUUAUGAAAGGAGUCAUGGAUGAAUGUACUCAUGUAGCAAAUUUCUCAGUUCCAGUGGACCCAAGCCUAAUUAUAGUGGUUCAAGCCAAAGAAGAUGCCUAUAUUCCACGAACGGGAGUUCGAAGUCUGCAAGAAAUUUGGCCUGGUUGUGAAGUCCGAUAUCUGGAAGGGGGUCAUAUUAGUGCUUAUCUUUUUAAACAAGGACUCUUUAGACAAGCCAUCUAUGAUGCAUUUGAACGCUUUCUCCAUAAAUAUGCUCACUAAUUGGAUCACUGUAUGUUACCAGCGUGGCAAUCAUGUGUCUCACAGAAAAGAGUUUUCAUCCUCUGAUGUGAAGAACAAGACAGCACCAUACAUCUGGUUGUUAUCAAUAUAAUCUGGAAUUCAGUGUUACAGAUCAGUUAGCUAUAAAUGUUAAAUAUAACUGAAUCAUUUUAAACCAAUAUUUGGAUUGGAUAAUGUUGAAGUACUUUGCUUUUGUUUGUGGGAUCUCAUAUACCCAGUAUCUAGCCUAUUGUUACUAUUUAUGAAACCUUUAAAUUUUUAAUUAUGAAUAAUUUAUUAGUUUUAAAUAGAUUUGCUCAGAAACCCUGCCUUUUUUCUUUUUUAAAUAAUACUGUGAUUUGGGAGCCCUGGUGGCACGGUGGUUAAGAGCUUGACUGUUAACCAAAAAGUUGGCAGUUCAAAUCCACCAGCUGCUCCUUGGAAACCCUAUGGGAACAGCACUACUCUGUCCUAUAGGGUCGCUAUGAGUCAAAUCGACUCGAUGGCAAUGGGUUUGGUUUUGGUUUAUUGUGUUUUAGAUGAAAAUUUACAUAGCAAAUUAGGUUCCCCUUUAGCAAUUUUAUAUAUAUAUUGUUCCAUGCCAUUGGUUACAGUUUUUACCAUUUUCAUUAUUUCCAUUCUCUUUGUUCUGUUUCUGUUGAUUUCCUACAGGUUUUAAUAAACUGCUAAAUUAAACAGAGUUUGUAACACUUCAGCCUGAAUUGUAUACUCUGUAAGAAAUUUCUGUUACUGACUUGAUUUGAGAAAGAUGUUUGUUUCUUUUUUGGAUUCAUGGUAAAAUUAUAAUGUUGUUUUCAACAUUGGUUAAUAUUCUGCUAUGAAAAUACUUGUGAUGUGUAAAAUCAGUGUUAACUUUGAAUUCUAAAAAGUCCUGAUUGUAAGUGCUUUUAAUAGAGUGCUGAAGUGCAGAGAAAAUACGUAAGACUUGACCAGAGUUUAAAACUUUGCCAAAUAUUAGCUUAAAACAAAAUGCCAAACGUAUUUCCCCUACUUGAAAAGUUUCAAUUCAGGCAAAAUAGAAAUAAUAGGAAACCUACUGCAUAAUGGAUGGAUACUGUGUCUAAUAUUUUCUUGCGUACUUACUCUGGGUGUGUUAAACAUCUAACUUUAGGCCAGGUACUUAACAACUUUGGCUUUUUAGUUUCAGAAUAUAAUAGCCACAUAUAAAGUUGGUUUGUCCCAUAUUAACUUUAUUUUACAGAAAAGGCAAAGUUUUAUGUAAUAACUACUAGCUUUUUAAAAUGAGAGAGCAUACAGCUGUAUUUGGUGCUUUCUUUUUAUGUUUAACUUCUCAACCAGCAAGUUAAAAUGUUUUUAAAAAAAAAAAGUAGAAAAUAUUUUUUGGUAUCUUGUGAAGACUUGGAGUGAAUGUAUUUGAGUUUCAUUUUUUGAAAUCUGUUUUGUCUAUAAAUUAUUUUUAAAUAUGUAUCCUCAUUCUAGUAAGGAUAUUUGAAUAAUAAUAUUCCUUUGCAGCCUUUUUGAAGGAAAUUUUAUCACUCUAAUGCCUCUAUCAUCUAACUUUCUUUUGAAACAAUUAAGAAUUAUUAAUGUGAAGCCCUUGGUGGCAAAGUAUAGUACCUUCUUUAAAACUGCGUUGGCAUAAACACACCAACACAGUACAGCCAUUUGAACUACUCUGCAAAUAUAUGUGUUGCCUAGAACCUUUAGUUUUAACUGAAAGUACAAAAUCUGCUAAAGUUUUUCCACAAAAUACUUUUGAAAGAUAAUGUAAAAUUUAUUGUCAAAUGGUUGACAAGUAUUUUCCUAUAUUAUGUAUUUACUGAGGUGAUAUGAUUGAAUACUUUGCCUAAAUCAAUGGCUUUAGUAAUGCCAGUACUAUUUUUCACAUAAACAUUUCUUACUAAGCAAUAACAUACCAAGGUGUGUGCGUUUCUAAUAUUAAAAGAAUAAAAUUUCAUUUAGUUGUAAUUAACGCUUAGGCAUAAUUAAUUUUUCACAAAUAAGUGUGAAAGAUCUUGUUAAAAUAAAAAUUUCGUCUCCUAACCAGAUGCUUUAAAAAUAUAUCCACACGACUGCCUAAAAUUCAAAGUGCAAAAUACCUUAAAUUUUUUUUUUUAAUUAACCCCUCCCAAAACAGUGGCUUAAGCUUUAAGAUAUAUAUAUGUCAAAUAAGUGAUGAUUCGUCUGCCGUUUUGAGAAUUAGGUACGUAACCUGCUAGAAAUUCAUUUAGACCAGAGUUGCAAAGUGGCAGUCCAUGUAAGUAGUUUGGCCCACAGUCAGUUGUGUUUUAUUUGGUGAGUGUAAGGUUUCCAAAAAUUUCGAUUUUGAAAAGACUUUCGAUUGGGCAUGCAUUCCCCAGUUUGCCCUCCACAGUCUCCUAGACUUCCUCUUAUCUCGGACUGCUUUAUGACUUUGUAUUUCCUACCCAGCCCCUGAAGAUACCUGAGUUUGAGAUCCCUGAUUUAUAUCUGUAGUUAGAAAAAUUUUCUGAAUUUCAUGAUUUGCUGAUGCCAUAAUCACUACUAAAUCAUUUCAACAUAUGCAUUUUAGGUUUUUUUUUUAUGAAUGUAAUUAAUGUGGUGCUUUCUCAAAGAGUAUUGAAUUCUUAACAGUGUGACUGAAAUUUUAAAAAUCAUUUCCAAAUAUUUUAUACUUCACAAUAAAAGUCUGUUUAAAGAGUUAUUUGGUUUUUCAAGAUGUAUUAUUCUAAGUACAGAAAACAUGUCACAUUUGAUUAAUGUACCCAAACUUGAGUGUAUGCCCCAAACAAGGCCGAAGAUAAGCAAGGUAGGCUUUAGGA